AUGAUUGCUGAAUCAAACAUGAGACCGAGCUUCCAUCUUAGAUAUGCCUUUCUUCUUUUCCUUUCCUUCCUUGGUCAUUAUACUUCUUCACAAAAGACUUGUCCAAACUGUGGCUCUAUGCAAGUUCCAUAUCCUUUGAGCACAGAACCAAGUUGUGGUGAUCCAUACUAUAAGCUUCGUUGUGAUUCCCACUCUCAAAGGCUUUACUUUGACACCCUCAAUGGCAGUUCCUAUCUAAUACUCAGAAUCAUGUCUUCAAUUCAGCGCAUGGUGAUACAACCAUCACCUUGGUUACCUGGUUCAUGUGUUACACAAGACAUGCCGGCAAGCCAUGGUAUUUGGUUAAAUCAGUCACUACCUUUCAACAUAACUUCAUCCAACACAGUAUUCCUCUUUAACUGUUCCCCUCGCCUCUUGGUUUCUCCUCUUAACUGCACUUCUUCUAGUAUUUGCCAUCGUUACUUGGAGAGUUCAGGUCAUGUUGACAAAACACUAGCACUUGAAUGUGCAAGUGGUCUUCACCCUUGUUGCACCUUUGUUGCUGGUGGGGUACCUUCAGGUUACAGGAUUAGGCUUCACAACUCUGGUUGCAAAGCCCUCAGAAGCAUCCUUCAUUUGGAUGAAGAGAAGCCUCCUAAUCAGUGGGAUGAAGGCCUUGAAAUUCAAUGGGCUCCACCACCUGAACCAGUUUGCAGGACACAAAGGGAUUGCUCUGGAGACUCCAAGUGUUCCCCUGCUGGUAGAAAUGGCCUCUUUCGCUGUCUUUGUAAUGGGGGACACCAUUGGGACCCUUUUGUAGCAACCUGCCUGAGGUAUAAGAGAAAAUCCAAAUGGAAAACCAGCUUGGUGGCUUCAAUAGGGGUUGUUACUUUUUUCUCUCUAGCUCUAGUUCUAGCCAUCAUCACAAGAUCAUGCAAACUCUCUAGCUAUAGGGAGAAGCAGACCAAGGAAAAAGAAAGCAUGCUGAAAUCAAGAGCUGGGGAGAAACCUUAUAGGAUGUUUCAACUGAAAGAGGUGAAUAAAGCAACAAAUGGUUUUUCUCAAGACAGGUUCUUAGGGAGUGGUGGCUUUGGGGAAGUUUACAAAGGUGAACUACAAGAUGGAACACUUGUGGCUGUCAAGAAAGCUAGAGUGGGUAACCUGAAAAGCACCCAACAAGUGCUUAAUGAGGUUGCAAUACUUUCUGAAGUCAAUCACAAGAACUUAGUAAAACUCUUGGGAUGCUGUAUGGAAUCUGAACAGCCAUUAAUGAUCUAUGAGUAUAUCUCAAAUGGGACCCUCUAUGACCAUCUUCAUGGCAGGUUUUCCAAAAUCAACUUUCUAGAUUGGAAAACAAGGCUUAAGGUUGCUUUUCAAACAGCUGAAGCAUUGGCUUACUUGCAUUCUGCUGCACACACUCCAAUCUACCAUAGAGAUGUCAAGUCAACAAAUAUACUAUUGGAUGAUGAAUUCAACACCAAAGUCUCAGAUUUUGGGCUCUCUAGAUUGGCUAACCCGGGACUUAGUCAUGUGUCAACAUGUGCUCAGGGAACACUGGGGUACUUGGAUCCUGAAUAUUACCGCAACUACCAGUUAACAGAUAAAAGUGAUGUUUAUAGUUAUGGGGUUGUGUUGCUUGAGCUUUUGACUUCACAGAAAGCAAUAGACUUCUCUCGUGAACAAGAUGAUGUCAACCUAGCAAUUCAUGUGAGUCAACAUGCCAUCAAUGGUACAAUCAUGGAAGUUGUAGAUCAAAGUCUUCUUUCCAUGGAUCCCUUUGGUGAUAAAAUGAUCACAAGCAUAAAACUCUUCUCGGAGCUUGCACUUGAUUGUCUGAGGGAAAAGAAAGGUGAAAGGCCUAGUAUGAGGGAUAUUGUUCUACGCCUCCUAUGCAUAAUUAGGAUUAUGGAUCAAGAGUGA